CCUCUGUUGGUCAGCGCACCACAUUAGCAGCAAACACAAUGCCGGCGGCCUUCUUCUGUCUCUCGCUGCUCCUGUCGUCUUGCGCGGCCAUUCGGACUUUGAAGGAAGGGCCCAUGAUUGACAAAGACGGGAGGGAGUACAAGUCCCCCGUGGUUGUGGUCGAUACUGACGAAAGCCCAUCCAACCCGUUGCCUCCCGUGCUGGUGACGUGCACCCCGUCGUCAAUGAUCAUCCAGGUGAAGACUGACAUGUACGGACCGACGAUAUCUCCAGAGGAGCUUUUCCUGGGCGAGGAGUUUUUGGGCCUCGGACAGUGCCAGGCUUUUGCUGCUAGUGACUCUGAGCUGGUUAUCAAGGCUGGACUCCAGCAAUGUGGCACCCAGCUAACAAUAUCUGAAGACUCCUUGAUCUACUCAAACCAGCUGACCUUUUCACCUGUUCCCUAUCAUCAUGACGUCACAAGGAAGACCCAACGUGUAGUGCCCGUGUCUUGUCACUACAAAAGGACACACAUUGUGAGCAGUCCUCCUCAGGCGCCCCUUCAGAUUCUCGCUACAUCUCGCAAGACCCCGUCAGCAACCUCGGACUUCUCCUUGAAGCUGAUGUCUGAUGACUGGACAAGACUGAGGCUGUCCAAUGUCUUCUACUUGGGAGGCAUGCUCAACAUGGAGGCGUCCUACACCAAUCCCGGUCCGGAGCCCAGACGGCUCUUCGUUGCCGGCUGCGUGGCAACGCUGAGCCCAGAGGCAUCAUCCGUGCCGCGAUACUUCCUCAUUGAGAACGACGGGUGUCUCGCAGACUCUAAACAGCCAGGAUCUAGAGCACGCUUCCUGUCCCGGACCAGGGCGGAUGUUCUGCGGCUGCAGCUGGAUGCUUUCCUCUUUAACCGAGAUGAAAGAAACACUCUUUUUCUAACAUGCCGGCUGAAAGUCACCUCUGAUAUGUGGAGGAGCAGCCCUGUCAACAAGGCUUGCACUUAUGUGAAUACAAGAUGGGAAAAUGUUGACGGGAGCCCUGACGUGUGCCAUUGCUGUGAUGACACCUGCAGACAAUAUUCCCACAAGCAUCUAAAACUUGAUGGUACCAAGGUGUGUGAUGUGAUCAGUCUUGGCCCACUUGUGAUUCUGCCCAAAAAGUAGGCAAGCAACAAGGUUGUCAAUAAAAUAGUUAUUUUCACAA